AUGACGAACAACUUCGAUGCUUCAUAUCCGGUAGUUCGAAUCUUACGGGGCACCGUCUUCACUAUGAAUGAACAAGAUAAAAAGCUGGCGGGAUAUGACUCUGAUCACAUUGAGUCCCAGGAGGAAAUUAUUUACGACCACAAUGGGGGCACCGAAAGUGUGAAGGCGGGCACUCUGGCAGCAUUGGUUGAGCAUCUGACGCGCCACGAUACGCUGGACGCCGUCUUCAAUCGCACAUUUCUUACGACGUACAAGUAUUUUAUCUCGACAUCCGCGCUGAUUGAUCUUCUUAUCGCUCGAUUUGAUUCUCUUCCAUCUAGCGAAGUAGACGAGACAAGACCACUAAUACGAGUACGCGUGAUCAACAUCUUGAAGCAGUGGCUCGAGCACUUCUGGACUGAGCCCAAGAGUUCUGAGGCCGAUCAGAAUCUGUUGAGAUUACGGGAAUUUGCGUCUCGCGCUACAGUCGCGACGGAGACAAGCGCAGUUGCCCAGCUACUUGAAAUUAUUCAACGUCGAAUGGCGGGCAUCUCUCACAUGAAAGUAUCACGGCUAUCCAUGUCAAAUCCACCUAAACCGAUUCUUCCACGGAAACUGGACAAACUUUCAUUCCUCAAAAUUGACGCCAAGGAGCUUGCUCGUCAGCUCACCAUUAUGGAAGCACACGUCUUCGCCAAAAUACAGCCAAAAGAACUCUUGAAUAAAUCAUGGCAAAAGAAACAGAGCUUUACAGAUCCCGAACCGGCACCCAACAUCCGGGGUCUAAUUCAAUACUCAAAUCAACUUUCAAACUGGGUUGGGGCCUUGAUCUUGGCUGAAUCUGAAAUGAAGAAGCGGGCUCAAAUAAUAGGACAUUUGGUAAAUAUAGCAAACGUAUGCCAUGAGCUCCAAAACUACUCCGCCGUAGUAUCUAUUCUAUCAGGAUUUCAAAGCGCCCCCAUCUACAGACUGACUCGCACAUGGGCUAUAGUCACUGAAAAAUGCUGUAAUAUCCUAAGGCCAUUACAAGCCUUGACAUCAAGCACACAUAAUUACGGUGCCUACCGCAGAGCACUACGCACCGCAGUACCGCCUUGCAUACCCUUUCUCGGUCUAUAUCUGAAAGACCUGACCUUCAUCGAAGACGGAAACCAAGCAUUAACACCGGAAGGCCUGAUCAACUUCCACAAAUACACAAUGCUAGCCGCAUCUGUUGACGAAAUUCAGCGCUUCAAAGAAGCACCUUACUGUCUUCAGCCUGUCCCGGAGUUACAAGAAUUCCUCGCAUCCAAGUUACAGUCGGCGACCGGACUAGACGAGAUGUGGGACCGGAGCUGCGAACUAGAGCCGAAGGGUCGCGGAGAAACAAGACCCAGAGAUUUUUAUACCCCGACCGGAGGCAUGACGACCUCCAUGGUUGUUGCCUGUAUGGUUUUAGAUGAUUGA